UUGGUUUGGCGAUUUGAAUGGGGCUCUUGCAUUGGAGCUUCGUCCGCCGCACAGAACGUUAUAAAACACACGCCUUUUUCCAGGAGCCAUUGAAUGCGGUGUUUUGUCGGUGAAUUAAAUCGAAAUUAAAUCAAUUGAUACGAGACGGCUUGUUCAGAAAUCGAAGAGCGCGGAAUCUUCGCCAGCAACGGCUAACUAGUGUAUUGUGUAACCGUUCAAGACGAUGACAGACCAAAAGGGGGCAACGGGGAGAAGGGUGCCACAAAUCAUAUGAUUGUAAAGCGGAAAAAAAAACAAAAUCAUAGCAGUCGCCAAGAAAAAACAACACAUUUCAUUGCCAGAAAGGAAAACAACAUCGAAAAUAGGAAGGACAAUAUACAAUACAGAUAUUGCCCUGGUAUUUCUCCACCAUGUACACAAUCAACAAGGGACCCAGCAAAAUUGUUGCUAAAACGCGUCGCGGACUGGCACAAAAUUUUGAAAAAUUCGAAAGCAUCAAGGAGAGCGGCCGAAAGAACGCCAGUUUCGAUCUGAACAGUCCCGAGGAGCACAAAAACAUACCACGUCCGGUUUUUCAACAGAGUUUCGCCUCCAAACGGAUAACGCCGACAAAACUGAUCGAGGAUGAAGUGAUAACGCCGCAGCAUGAGGAAAUUAUUCGUUACAUAAAUGACUCCUGGAACAUGUUGGUGGCAAAAAAUCCCUACGACUCGAGCUCAUCUGCCAAGCCCGCCGAGAAGCCGGUGGCGGAUGCCAACAACAACAGUGCCACCAGUCCGGUGGAGAGCAUCAUGGCCAACACACCGGUGCCCGCAUCCUCGACCGCAACUGUUUGGGUGGAGCCACCAAGCCCAGCGCUGCAGGACUUCAAACCCUUCGACUUGGAAUCGUGGUGGGGCCGUCGCCUGUUCCAGAACAUUACCAAGAGCCUCUAGACGGGAUCUUCGGGGGCGUAAGAGAUAGAGCCUGCUCUUUUUGGUAAUUCCUAGCUAGCCAGUGCUUCCUUUUGUACAUGUACGUUCGACUGGAAAUAGGCAAAAUCACACUAGAUAUAUCUGUAGACGGAGACGAAGCACCUGCGUAGUUUUCGGUUAGUGGCUAAGUAAAUAUCACCUUGGAUAUUAGCGGUUAGGUGCAGCCAGUUCUGUGGCAAGUCACGGUUUAGUUUCUUCUUGUUUUAUUAGUGCGUAAAUCAGGUUAAUUAGGAGUCGUCGGCGUUGGCCAAUGUAAAUAAUGCGAUUUCUGAUUUGCGCUUGAGAAUGUGUUAUAGACUUGUAAGAAAUGUACCAUCUGGUUUGCUUGCCAGUUUUUUAAAAUCAACACUCUUGUGAACUGUACAAAACGAUAAGGUUCAAUUUGACAUCAAAUUUCGCAAUCCUUUUGGUUCCACUCAUUUUCGUAAUUGCUGUUAAACUUUAAAUAUUGUAAAUAUAUAAAAAGAAAUUGGAUUUUACUUUUGUGGACUAUAGUUAAGAUUUAUAAAUAUCCAAGGUAGGAAUUGGUUGAGCCGAUUCCUUGCCGGUGGCAAAUCAUGUAUUUAGUUUCUCACAAUAGUCGUUUUAUGUUUAGCAUAAAUAAAAAUUCAGCCUGCUGCAAA